CCCUCGUCACCGCUCAUUACUCGAAUCAUCAGUUUCCUCAACUUUCUCGGUAGACAAACACAGUUUCGAUCAUCUUCUUCAUCUUUGCAGCCAGAUAACGAUGGCACGUACAAAGCAGACAGCGAGGAAAUCAACGGGAGGCAAGGCGCCACGUAAGCAGCUGGCAACCAAAGCCGCCAGGAAAUCAGCUCCGGCUACCGGAGGAGUGAAGAAGCCUCACCGUUUCAGGCCUGGAACAGUGGCGUUGAGAGAGAUCAGGAAGUACCAGAAGAGCACGGAGCUGUUGAUUCGGAAGCUUCCAUUCCAAAGGCUGGUGAGGGAAAUCGCUCAAGAUUUCAAGACGGAUUUAAGGUUCCAAAGCAGCGCCGUUGCCGCUCUCCAGGAAGCAGCUGAAGCCUAUCUGGUGGGGCUCUUUGAGGACACCAAUCUCUGCGCUAUUCAUGCUAAGAGGGUCACAAUCAUGCCAAAGGAUAUCCAGCUGGCUAGGAGGAUCAGGGGAGAGAGAGCCUAAUAAUGUAGUAGUAAAAAGAUGUUUCUCUUCUUUCCGGUCUCGUUGAAAGAUCUGUUUCUAGAACAUCUUUGUUUAGGUUUCUUUACGUAUAGAUCUCUUGUUUUAGGAUUUUCGUUCUUGAAUUGUUGAAAUGUAAGUUUGAGAAAUCUAAUCAGAGUACUUGGAUUAGUUUAAA